AUGGGAAUUCAAAGAUUGAACCCUUUCAAAAAGGAUAGUCCAAACUUGCCCAGCGUUGUCAUUCCACUCACCGAUGCACCUGCCCACUCCCUCUCGGAAAAGACAGACAAAGAGUCCAACCAGAGCUUGGAUGGAGCAUCCUCCUCGGAGAACGGUGCGGCCCGCUCCAAGGGUUCAACUCAUCUGACCCUCGAGGCUCUUCGUGCAGAAAUCGAGUCUGAUCUUUCCACUUCUACCCAUGACUCUACCUAUGACCGCAAGGCAAAGGUGAUCAACAGAGCCCUGCAAGAUAUUGGCAUGGGCCGGUAUCAAUGGGAACUGUUCUUUCUUUGUGGCUUUGGGUGGACAGCAGACAACAUUUGGCUUCAGGGAGUUGCCUUGACGCUAACACCCAUCUCCUACGAAUUUGGACUCUCCGACACGUGGGUACGUUUCACUACUUGUGCUCUAUUCUUGGGUCUCUGUAUCGGUGCCUCAUUCUGGGGUAUUGCCUCUGAUAUUGUUGGUCGUCGUCUUGCUUUCAACACUACUCUAUUCAUGGCUGGUGCCUUUGGUCUGGCUGCGGGUGGCGGUCCCACUUGGAUUGGAACAUGUGCUCUGUUUGCUUGCUUGGGUCUUGGUGUGGGGGGGAACCUGCCUGUCGACGGUGCUCUUUUCCUGGAGUUCCUCCCCUUUGUCUCUGGCAACAUGUUGACAAUGCUAAGCGUCUGGUGGCCCGUUGGCCAGCUGAUUGGCAGUCUGCUUGCGUGGGCUUUCAUCCCCAACUUCAGUUGCACUAGCCGUGAAGGCUGCACCAAAGAGAACAACAUGGGCUGGCGCUACCUGGUCCUCACUCUGGGUGCCAUCACUUUCGUCAUGUUUAUUCUGCGUUUCUUCUUCUUCCAUUUGUAUGAGUCACCCAAGUUCCUGCUCUCCCGUGGCCGCCAGGAAGAAGCCGUCGCCUCGAUUCAUGGCAUUGCCCACAAGAACGGUGCCAAGACCUGGUUGACCAGCGAGAUCCUCAACGAAAUCGGUGGUCAUGUCGAGGUACACGAAAAAGAGACAGGGCUCACUUACUCUCAAAUCGUGAGCCGUUUCUUCUCCAAAUUCUCAAUGGAGCGCAUUGCUCCCCUGUUCUCCAACAAGCGCAUGGGGUGGAAUACCACUCUGCUCUGGUUUUGCUGGGCCACUAUCGGCAUGGGCUAUCCUCUCUUCAACGCUUUCCUGCCACAGUACCUCUCCCAAUCCGGUGGCGAGACCAACUCGAACUACAUCACUUACCGUAAUUAUGCCAUCACUUCCAUCGUUGGUCUUCCUGGCUCUGUGUUGGCUUGCUGGACAGUUGAGCUCAAGUACGUUGGUCGUAAGGGCACCAUGGCCAUCUCCGCCCUGAUCACCGGUGUGUUGCUGUUUUGCUUCACCGCAUCCACAAACUCCGACAUCCAGCUCCUGUGCAGUUGUCUUGAGGCCUCCUUCCAGAACAUCAUGUAUGGUGUCCUGUUCGCCUAUACCCCCGAGACCUUCCCCGCCCCUAACCGCGGCACUGGCACGGGUAUCUCCAGCUGCCUUAACCGUAUCGCUGGUCUCUGUGCUCCCCUCGUCGCCAUCUACACUGGCAGUGCGAACCCCAACUCGCCCAUCUACGCGUCCGGCGCGCUGAUUCUGGCUUCCUUUGUGGCUAUGUGUCUCCUACCCAUCGAGACACGGGGCAAGCAGACACUUUAA